CGGUAUUUUUAUCUGAUGAUUUUCCAACGCAUUCUUAAGAGUCGCAAAUUUUGUGUGGAAACAAUGCAGAACGUGGGAGAGAAUUUUUCCUUGAGGAAGUACAAAAAAGAAUGCAGCGAAUGCUUGGCAGAGUCGCAGCGAUUGCAGGCGGAGAAACGCGCCGAUUACGAGGCGCUGGUUGCCCAAAGGCAAUGGAAGCCAAAGCAUCGAUCAAAACCAACUGCAGAGGCACCAAAGGAGGAGAAAAAGAUACCCACAGUGAAGGAGAUGCUGCUGCACACGCAGGAAAAGCUAGUCUACAAACAACUGCAACAGGUAGCCAAGGACAUUUGUAGACGCUACCCGACGACACUCAAAAGGCUGGAGGAGCUCAAGUUAUACGUGGAGAUGCUGAGACAAGAGCGACGCAACGAAGAGUUCAAUGCGCGACUUUUGGUUCCCCAAGCGAGUGUGAAAGAACCCAUUUCCGAUUGCUUUGCACAUCCCCUCAAGCUGUGUCAAAUGCUGCUCAUUAAGGUGCACUAUCAAAGUCAGUUGAAGCAACGAAUUCCUGUGUCAGUAUGGAAUGCAGUGAAGCAUGGGAAGCGCAGAGAAUUUCCCAUUAAAUAUUGCUUCAAAUGUGUGAAAGAGAAUAUUGGAGCCAACUUCAAGGUGAUCACCGAUUAUACGACGCACUUCUGCCAUCCGAUGCUCUUGUCCGCGCUCUCUCCUCACUUUGAGGAGAAAUCCAAGCAGCUGGAAUGGUAUUUGCCGCCGUGCAUCGUCAGCACCGAGACAUUUGUGCGCACCUAUCGCUGGAUUAUCGAACCUCUAACGGCGCUCAAGUUGAGCCAACUCAUCGAGCUGACGAGAAUCGCCAGCUUCAUGGACAUCCCCGACUUGCGGGAUCAAUGCUGGUUGGAGUUGUCGCGUCUGUUGAAGCGUCCCGAACUCAUCUGCAGCAUCUAUGCGAUGGCAAAGAAGUAUUGCAUUAGUUUCGAGCGGGACGUGUUUCCCUACUUUUCGUACAUAUUUCUGCCCUUUGUGGCGAGCAGCGAGUUCCUGGAAUUGCAAUUCGAGAGGGUCCUUACUAUAUUUAGUUCACAAUACCUUCCGGUCAAUUCGGAAAUGGAAAUAUUUUAUGCGAUGCUCUUGUGGCUGGAUCAUGAUUGGAAGCAGCGACAAUGCCACAUUUGGGAGCUGUUUCAGCACGUACAUUUGGACAUGAUGCCAAUAACAUUUCUGUUAUUGUUCUGGGAUCGCAAGGAUUGUCCACCCGCCCUCGACUUAAUCGCCGACACCUUGGAACCACAAAUUGUCGAAUUGAUCUUCGAAAUCAAAGAUAAACCGUAUAAGCACAGGGGCAACAUGGCAAAAAGGCAACGUCAUUGGAUCUACGAUUCGGGUUGCAAAUAUCAUCAUUCCAUCACCUGCAAUGCAAUGCGUUUUUUCACCUACAGCGACUUUAUCGGCUACUUGAACUUCCUACAGUCAACUGGCUAUCCUAGCCAUCUUCGCCUCAAGUCCGUCGCCGAUCCGAGUAUUGUCUGCUGCAGACACAGGAAAUAAUUGUAUUUUAAUGUUGUAUAACUUUUAUAGUGCUUUGAUUAAAAAGAAGACAUCUAACUGA